CUUCGAGAUUCGAUACCGAGGCUUAGAACCAUACUGAAAAAUAGCAAUAGGCCUACAGGCUACAGGUCGACGAACUUUCUGCCGGGUACUGUAGAACGAUAAAUAGAUCUAGAAUCUAGAUUUAGAUCGAGUCUAGAUCUAGAACACAACAACUAAAAUGGCACAGAUGUUGGCCAAACCUGGAUCUAGUGGUCACAUACCGUUGCUGCCCUCUCAUUUCCCAAGAAAUGCUUCAAUGGUUAACAAGUCUACGAUUGAUAUUUCAUCCCAUAAAGAUUCGUUCAAUUUGAAGGACGUAGAAUAUAAAGGGGACUAUUACGUCCAAAAUCAACAACUUCAUGCUGCAAAUGCCAAUUCUAGACUUGAGCACAUGUGUGCCUUGGACAUAGAUUCCGAGCCUGGGCAAGUUCGCAUGACCGGGAUUAUUUGCACUAUUGGACCUUCAACCAAAGAUGUUCAAAUGCUUCAAAAAAUGAUAUUAGAAGGAAUGAAUAUUGCACGCUUAAACUUUUCACAUGGAAGUUAUGACUAUCACAGAGAAACAAUUGAAAAUAUUCGUAAAGCUGUGGAGGGUUUUUCUGAACCCAAGCCUAUUGCCAUAGCCCUAGACACUAAGGGACCUGAGAUUCGAACUGGACUUAUUGAUGGAAGUGGAACUGGAGAGGCUGUUUUGGUUGCAGGGGAAAGUAUUAAAAUUACUACAGAUGAUGCGUUUAUGGACAAUUGUAACAAAGAUAUCUUAUGGGUAGAUUACAAGAAUAUAGUAAAAGUUGUGAACCCUGGCUCUAGAGUCUACAUAGAUGAUGGCCUUAUCUCUGUAAUCUGCAAAGAAAAAGGUACUGACUAUUUAAUUUGUGAAAUUGAAAAUGGUGGAGUAUUAGGAUCCAAGAAAGGAUGCAAUCUUCCUGGUACAGCUGUAGAUUUGCCUGCGGUGUCUGAGAAAGACAAAGCAGAUCUUCAGUUUGGUGUUGAUAUGGGGGUGGAUAUGAUUUUUGCAUCUUUUAUACGUGAUGCUGCUGGAAUUAAAGAAAUUCGCAAAGUACUUGGAUCUAAAGGCGCCAAUAUUAAGAUAAUUGCCAAACUUGAAAACCAUCAAGGGAUUCGCAAUUUUAUGGAAAUUCUUGAAGAAACUGAUGGUGUUAUGGUUGCUCGUGGUGACAUGGGUAUUGAGAUUCCACCAGAGAAAGUAUUUUUGGCACAAAAGAUGAUGAUUGGUUGCUGUAAUCGUGCUGGAAAGCCAGUGAUAUGUGCUACACAGAUGUUAGAAAGUAUGACCACAAAACCUAGAGCUACGCGCUCAGAGACUAGUGAUGUUGCUAAUGCUGUGCUUGAUGGAGCAGACUGUGUUAUGUUAUCUGGAGAAACUGCUAAAGGAAAAUAUCCACUAGAAACAGUCAGGCAUAUGCACAGGAUUUGUAGAGAGGCCGAGUCUGCAAUCUUUCAUAAACAACAGUUUGAAGAUUUGCGCCGUGAGACUCCACUGUACACUGAUUCUACUCAUACAAUUGCCAUUGCUGCAGUUGAAGCUUCAUUCACAUGCAUGGCUGCUGCCAUAAUUGUUCUUACAACAACUGGCAGAUCUGCUUACCUAGUAUCUGCAUAUCGCCCAAGGUGUCCUGUUUUAGCUGUCACCAGAAAUGCACAAACUGCACGCCAAGCACAUUUAUAUCGUGGCAUAUUUCCUAUUCAUUAUGUUGCACCUAAGAUGAAUGAGUGGACAGCAGAUGUUGAUAGGCGUAUUUGGAAAGCUAUAAGCCUGGGAUUAGAGAGAGGGCUCAUUAAAGAACAAGACCCUGUGGUAAUAUUGACAGGAUGGAAACCUGGCUCAGGAGCAACUAACACAAUGAGAAUCAUUGCUGCACACAAUGAAAUGGACAAGGAGCUUUUACCACCAAUAGUAGGAAUGAGCUCUGUUCCAUCUUUCAGUAGAUCAAAAGAUAUGACAGAAGAAUUUUCUGCUAUCUCGAUUGCUUCAGAAGAUAGUGGAGAUGUUAAAUUUUUCUAAAUUAUUAUAGAAUAAUUUAUCAAAUUUCUGUUUGUAACAGACUUUUGUUGGUUCUCAAACCCACUCUUAAAGCAUGGUGUAUUGUCUUUUUAAAUGUCUGCUUUAAAAUACAAGUUUCCCACCUCAUAUUUAGGUUUUUUACAUCAUGAUAAUAGUUUUUGGGACAAAGUAGCAACCUUUUCACUUAGUUGGGCAAAUGUAAAAUAAUGCCCUAUUAAUUACAGGUAUAGAAAAGGUAGAUAAUUAGUUGUUUUUUUUUUGUCAGCUUUAAGUUUAAGCUUUAAUUAAUGCAUUAACUAAUAAAAUCAUGGGUAUUUAUAAUAAUAAAGAUACCAAUAUAGUAAACUAAUUGGUUUUUCUUUUCAAAUUUAGAUUUACAAGAUCUGAUUAAAGAUAUUUUAAAAUCAUUUCAUCUUGUUAUAAAGUUACGUUGACUACAUUUUUUACCAGAAUAUUUUCUUCUUAAAUUUUAACUAAAAAGUAGUUGGCAAUUGUUAUUUCAUUUUUUAGUUCUAAUUAAUUUUUGUAUGAAACUAAAAUAUAUAAAACUAAUGUGUAUAAAAAUACUUUAAAAUUUAGCCUUGUUUAUUAAAGUGCUUCAUAAAUUAACCAUGGCUAUUUACUGUCACUUUCUGCAAACUGAUCUUCCGUUGUGAAAUUACAUUCUACAAUAAAACAGAAAAGCCGAUUGUAUGUAAUACUGCUAUAAUUAUCAUUUUUUAAACCAUAUUUAUUUAUCUGCAUAAGCCUGAGCACUAAGUACUAAUAAAUCAUAAACACCAGGUGGACAAAUACUCAAUUGUAAAUUUUCUAAUGAUAAUGACAAACUUACUAAUGCUUUUAUAGCAGGACAUUGCAGAAAUCAAUUCAGGAGUACUUUGUAGUGAUAUAACACGUCAAAUUUUUUACUCAGCUUAAGUAACACCAAUUAUGAUUUUCAUCUGUAAUUUUUCCAACCAUUCCUGUAAUUUUUUUUAUUAUCUAACACUAAUUUAACUAGAAAUCAAAUGUAUAUGUAGGUUUGAUAAUCAUUUUUAUAUUAAUUAGAUGGGAUGUAGAAGUCUUUUUUUUUUCCCACAAUACACUAGUUGGUUACUUUUGCAUGGGAGUUUGUUGUGGAAACCAAUAACCUAGGGCUAAUGCCUAGGAUUUUAAUUUAGCUCUUUAUUACAAACAUUUUUUUAAUAAGUCUGCUUUUAAAACCUAACUGUAUAUUAACAUGUACUAUGAUUUGCAAUGUCCUAUUAUUUUAUGUAGUGUACCUUUCAACUGCAUAUAAAAAUAUAACUAGAGUAAGUCUUACUGCGUUUCUGAUACCUGUAGUUGUAUAAUCAUGAUAUUGAUAAUACUAGUUAAAACAGAUUGCUACAUGUAAACAAUAUGAAUUUGUGUACUGCAUUUUAAAAUGUAUUUUCUGCUCUUUUCAGUAAAAUUUCAAGAUUUUUGGUAUUAAUGUAUUUUAUUUUGUGUAUUUUUAAGUUCAUACUUAUAUAAUGUAGUUUUCUUUUUCAAUACCAGAAACAUGUGCAACUGAAAAUUAGCAAUAAAAAAAAAUUAUUCCCCUUUGCAUAUUUUGCAUGCAGUUUCCAGUAGUGCAUUUUUCUAGUCAAUCAUUGUUUCACCACCUACACAGGUGUUGAGUCAAACUGAAAUUAAUCUUUUUGGAAAAUGCACAUUGAAUUAUUAAAAUUCAAUAUUUUUUAAUGCAUCUAAUCAUUGUGAUAACAUUAAUAAAUGAAAGCAGAAUUAUUGAAA